UUCAUUCAGACAAAUGUUUGUUACAUCUAGACUUUAUUCAUACUCUUAACAAACAAGAUUCCUAAAAAUAUAUACAUUUGGAUCAAGAACAAGCAGCUAGUGUAGCUGUAAAUGGGAGUCAUAAAGGUGGCGUCGCCCCAUGCCGGAGCAAUCUGGCGGGAGAGAUUGGGUUCCGCCUUGAGAACCGCCAUAGCGUGAACCAUAAUUGGCUGCACCGCCCUCUAUGGACCAGACCCCGUCCGCCUUCAGAUUCAGUACCCUUCUGUGGCCUAUGUGACCGCCAUUCUGAUUGUCUCCGAUGCAACACUUGGCACCACCUUGAGAGAUUCCUGGUACGCACUUUGUGCCACCGUGCUAGUGGUUCCCUCCACCGUGUUAUGUCUCUCUUUGGUGGCUCCGUCCAGAUUCACGGAGGCUGGUGCCGCUGUGGCAGUAACCGCGAGUGCUUUUGUGGUGUCAGUGCCCGAGUGCCUUCCGUUACUAACCAAACGCAUUGCCUAUGUACAAUUGGUGAUCAUUUAUGUUGGUGUUGUGGUUCGUGGCAAUGAAGCCGGACCGGUGACCCACCCGGUCCAUAUAGCGGCGUGCACCGUCCUUGGGGUGACGGGCUCGGUCCUGGCUUUGAUACUACCAUACCCUAGGUUGGCCGUAAGAGAGGUGAAGAAGCAAUCGCACUCAUAUGCAGAAAAUGCAUCAGAGAGAAGCAAUCUCUAUUUGAAAGCAUUCUUGAGUGAUGACAAAUCAACAGCAUAUGAUCUCAUUUGUCAAGCUGAACCCAUUGCUCAAAUAGGGACUAACAUCCUUGACCACAUCAACCGGGUCCAGGAAGGCGCAAAGUGGGAAACGCAUCAUCGCGCUCUAGACUUCAAAAACAUGGAAGCACCAAUUACCGGAAUGAAAAUAGCGUUAUCCGCCAUCUCUCAGUUUCCUGUCACGAUUGAUGAAGAGAUAAAGACCCUCUUGCAAAGUGCACAAAUGCUAAAACUCCAGCACCCUAAACCAUAUGAUGACGCGGUUACCGUUCCUGAACGAAAACACACACCAACUCUUGUUAACAUUUCACCAACCCGCGAAAACCUACCCGUGUUUUUCUUCUUAUCAUGCUUUGAACUGCUUAUAAACGCGAACCCUAAACCCGAAUCACUCGACGCCCAGAAGGUUAACAUAGCUAAAAAAACAAGAGUCGAGAAAAUCGUGGGUCAAUCGAUUACUGAGCGGGUCGUGUUUGCUUUAAAGUGUUCGAUCGCGUUAGGUCUAGCGGUCCUUCUAGGCAUGUUUUUCGACAAAAAGAACGGUUACUGGUCGGGGCUCACCAUAGCCAUAAGCUUUGUGGAAGGAAGACUGCCGAUUUUCACGGUUGCGAAUAACCGAGUAAAAGGCACAGCAAUUGGCUCCGUCUACGGUGUGCUCGGAAGCUGUCUUUUACACCAAGUUGCCGAACUAAGAUUCAUUAUUCUUCUACCGUGGAUCGUUUUCACAAGCAUGCUACAUCAUAGUCAGAUGUAUGGCGAAAGUGGUGGUAUCGCGGCGGUGAUCAGCGCACUUUUGAUUCUCGGCCGGAAAAACUACGGCCCACCGAAACAAUUUGCCAUUGCUAGAUUAACAGAGGUUUCAAUUGGGCUUUUUUGCAUGGUUUUGUUGGAGAUCACACUGCAACCGGUUCGAGCUGCAACUGUUGUCAAACUCCAAGUGUCCCAAUGCCUCGGAACAUUGGAUGAAUGCUUAAAUCAUAUAGCAUGUCCAAAAGAAAACAUCAGAAAGAUGAAAUCCGAUUUAAACGGAUUGAGGAACCGGAUUAAAGAUGCAAGGUCCGAGCCUAGCUUCUGGUUUCUACCUUUUAAAGCUUCUUGCUAUAAUAAUGCGCGCGAAAGGUUAUCAAAGAUGGUUGAUUUGAUGCAGAUUAUGACUUAUAACAUUGAGUUUAUAUCAAGUUUGUCACAAAGUUGUGAUGGUGGUUGGAAAGAGCUUGAACAGCACAUCAAUGGCAAUUUGGAGAUUUUGAAAGAAAACACGAGCCCGUGUGUCAAGUGUCUACAAAAGAUCACUCUGGUGAGGUCUAACGAGACCUUUGACCGCCAUGUACAAGAGAGUGAAGGGUUCUUUGACUUGGAGUCAGGAAGUCAACCAACAGAAGCAGCCAUGAAAGUUAUGGACGCUUUUGUUCAUCGCAUAAAGGACGUAACGGAUAAGAUUGAAAGUCAAGAGUGUAAAAGAAAAGUGACCCUUCACUUGAAUUCUUUAGGGUUUUGCAUCGCGAGUAUUGUGGGAGAAACAAUGCAGGUUGAAAAAUGCAUCAAAGAGAUCAUCCGAUGUGAGAAUCCUGGUUUGAUGAUAAACUACAAGAAUGACAUAGCAAAUGCACCAGUACAGAUAACAAAGUAGAGAACGGAAGAACAAGAAACAAGAAAUGAGCUUGUGUUGUGAGCAGUGCACCAAAGAUUAUCGAAAGUAGAACGGGAUAUUGUGUAUAUAUAAUGUAAUUUGGAAGUGAACUAUAAGCAGCAUAGGGGCGGACUCAACUAAAAUUGGGAAAAAAAAAAUGUCGGUUUUAUUUAUCUAGGAUACCCCUAAACAAAUAUUAGGAUACCUCUAAGUGUUUGUGAAAAUAAAAUGAAAUGAAAUUUUACAUUUGA